UGAGGAAGGCUCACGUCCGGGAUGGGCGGUGCUUCUUUGGCAAUGACUCUAUUCAAUAUGGAGUACAGAAAAUAGCCAGAUUCAUCCGCAUUUCACUGCUUUCAUUCACAUUUCGGUCAUUUUUGAAUGUCGGGCACAAAUUAUGAACUCUCCCCCAUAUUUGCCAAGCUACAGGACUCGCUCACGUAUGUUUGACAUAUUUCCAAAAAUCGUCUGAAUGUAAACGGUUUACUUGCCUAUUUAACAACAACCGCGCUGCCGAGCAGUAGGCUAAACUGUUUAACUGUUGCAACUUACAAACUACUGGUUUCCUUUAAAACGCGAGAUUGUAUAUCUUCUUCUGUCAACAUCCAGAGGAAGAUUUGAAUAGCUACUCGAUAGUUUCCGCGAAAGUAAUUAAGUAACAAGUUGUGCCGACCGGCGGGGUUAUUGGGUGAAAGGUGACAACGCUUCAGUCUAUUGACUCGUAGAAUGCACAAUGCGGCAAGUGUAUCAGCCUCUCUGGGGUCUAUGGGACUGUUGCGUCUCUUCGGGGUGUCCUGGUCCUGGAGUCUGGUAGCAGGCCUUGGGGUAUAUCUGGGCACAAGAAGCUGGAAAUACUUCUACAUUGCAGCACGCACCGCCAAGAGAGACCUCAAUGGCCUGUAUGUGCUGUUGAGAGUGAAGCUGGCUUUAUGGCGCUACAUGCGCAAUGGAAGUAACAUUCCUUCCAUAUUCACCCAGACAGUAAAACUCCACCCAGAUAAACCAGCACUGAUCUAUGACGCCACAGGGGAAACAUGGACCUUCACACAGCUGGACGAGCUGUCUAAUGCAGUGGCCCACUGGGCAAGAGGUCAGGGAUGGGUCUCAGGCGAUGUGGUGGCCCUCUUCAUGGAAAGCAGGCCAUUACAGGUGGCACUUUGGCUGGGCUUGGCCAAGGUUGGGGUGGAAGCUGCACUCAUCAACUUCAACCUCCGCCAUGAUUCCCUCCUGCACUGUAUCGGGGUGUCAGGGUCACGGGCUAUUGUGUUCGGAGCUGAGCUUGCUGAUGCCAUGUUGGAGGUCAGUUCCUCCUUCAGCCAGUCCAUGGUACGGCUCUGUACAGGAGACCUCAGUGCAGAACUUCUGGCCUGUCUGGGUGCUCAACCUCUGGACCCAAUUUUAGCCUCUGCACCUAGACAUCCCUCUUCACCUUGUGUUCCUCCCAAAGGCAUGAAUGACCGUCUAUUUUAUAUUUACACCUCCGGCACCACAGGACUACCCAAGGCUGCCAUUGUGGUACACAGUCGUUACUACAGAAUCGCUGCUUUUGGGUAUUUUGCCUUUCGCAUGCGCCCUGAUGACAUCGUCUAUGACUGCCUGCCUCUCUAUCACUCGGCAGGUAAUAUCAUGGGAGUUGGUCAGUGUCUGAUCCAUGGCCUCACUGUGGUAGUGAAGAAGAAAUUCUCUGCCAGCCGCUUCUGGGAAGACUGCAUUAAGUACAACUGCACUGUGGUGCAGUAUAUCGGCGAAAUCUGCCGCUACCUCCUGUCUCAGCCAGUACGGCCAUCAGAAAAAGGCCACAAAGUUCGGUUAGCAGUGGGAAACGGGUUGCGUCCCAGUGUGUGGGAGGCCUUCACAGAACGUUUUGGGGUGGCACAGAUUGGCGAGUUCUAUGGAGCGACUGAGUGCAACUGCAGUAUUGCCAACAUGGAUGGCAAGGUGGGAGCCUGUGGAUUCAACAGUCGCAUUCUCCCCAACGUGUACCCAAUCCGUUUGGUGAGAGUGGACGAGGACAGCAUGGAGCUGGUUCGAGAUAGCCGGGGCCUCUGUGUGCCUUGCCGCCCUGGGGAGCCAGGGCUUCUGGUGGGUCGUAUCAACCAGCAGGACCCAUUACGGCGUUUUGAUGGCUAUGCUAACCAGGACGCUACAAGGAAAAAGAUAGCUCACAAUGUCUUUAAGAAAAAUGAUUCUGCAUAUAUAUCAGGUGACGUACUGGUGAUGGAUGACCUGGGCUACAUGUACUUCCGUGACCGCGGCGGAGACACUUUCCGCUGGAGAGGAGAAAAUGUCUCCACCACCGAGGUUGAGGGCAUACUCAGCAGUCUUCUGGGUCAGACUGAUGUGGCUGUGUAUGGCGUGGCAGUGACAGGUGUGGAAGGUAAGGCAGGCAUGGCUGCCAUUGCAGACACUACAGGGAGUUUUGACUGCAACAGUUUCCUGCAGGAAGUCCAGCGAGCUCUUCCUCCGUAUGCUCGCCCCGUGUUCCUGCGAAUCUCCCCACAUGUAGACACCACAGGUACAUUUAAAAUCCAGAAAACCAGGCUGCAGAGGGAGGGAUACGACCCACGUCUCACCAAUGACCAGAUCUACUUUUUGAACACUAGAGCUGCGCGUUAUGAGGCUGUAGACGAGGAGCUAUACAAUGCUAUAGCGGAGGGAAGAAUGUCUCUAUGACGUGGAGGCCAUAGCAGGGCAGUCAUGGUGCCUCAGUUAAACACAUGCUGUAGAGAGAGGAUAGCGUGUGCUGAUUUCAGGAUCAGUCAGUCUUGGUAUACCACCUGCCUGGAUUUUAACUGUUCAGGUAACAGAGUUGAGAGGACUACUUACAUAGGCAGAGUAUUGUUAAAGAUGAUGUUUUAACACUGUGUGAGUAACAUAUCAGGACAUAAUGUGAGGGCAUUUAUUACCUUUUUAAUAACUUUUUCUUUUUAAAAUGAACACCUCAAAAAGCCGUUGAGCAUCACCGCACAUAGAGUGGGUAUCUUCCACAACCCAUUUGAAAUAGGAUACAUGUUACAGUAAUGUGGACAGCAAGGGGGAGUAUCAACUCAAACUUUGUUACAGGGUAUAUACCCAUUUAUGAAAAAUGCUGCCAGAAUAAUUUUGUGUAAGCUAUAGAGUUACUGCUGUGUGUUUGGAUGAGGCUGAAAGACCAGACUUCGACAUGCAGUACAUGUGGCUACUAGAUAAAACACUAAACAUAGUCUUUUUUUAAUGCAAUGGAAAACUAAUCUCACUUGUCAUAUUUGAACCUCUGACAGUGGCACGGGUUUGCAAAUACACAAAAGUUGUUACUGUAUGUGCCUUAUAUGAAACUUCCGAUCUGUUGAAAAAAAAUAAGUUUAAAUUAAGCUUUUCUUGGAAAGGAGCUCAAAAGAUUUUGGAAAUCACAGUAGUGAUUUUGUGUCAUGCAAAGCUGAAUCACACAUAGUGACUGUACAGUUCAUGUAACAAAUCUUAUCAGUAUAGUAAUAUAUAGGUGUUAAAGAUUGUGAAGCUAUUUACAAUUUCAGAUCUUCCAGGUUACAUUUUUUUUGUUGGAACUCAAAUUAAAUAUUUUAAAACAU